AUGGAUAACGUAAUUGACAAGGUUGAGGGCAGGAACAAUCUUGUGGUUACGGAUCAAGAGAACGUCCUCCGGGCUUCCAAGGAAAAAGCUGCCUUCAAGCGAACACCCAAAUUUCCACUGGAGAACGUGCCCGGCAAGCUCCCUCACGCACGCAUACCCGACGAUGUUGACGUGGCCAGUGUCGCGGCGAAAUGCGUUUCCAACUUGAACACACUGCAGUCCAGCUCCUUCGCCGACGGCGCAAUCUGGCGAGACCUUUAUGCUCUGACUGGUCUGCCUAGGACCUUCUUCGAGCGUACUCAGAUACUGCCGGUAUGGAAGGAAGUUGGGGCAUAUCAGCGCGCUAGAGGUUUCUCGCUCGUCCCAGGAACAGCCCGUGUCAUUUCCUUUGGUCCUGAAAUUGGAUGGAUACAGGCGAGCUAUCGGUUUGAAACGUCGGGAAUACCGGCAGCAAUGUGCUCAGGUUUGAUAGGAGUGAUACCCGAUGAAGAAGGACAGUGGAAAAUCUGGCUCCUGACAACGGUUCUGGAACACUUGAGAGGCUUUCCGAGUCCAGAUCGUUUCCCUCAAGCUUCAGACGCCAACUAUGACGUUACUCAGAUCAAACAUUCUGAUCCUUAUGAGUGUGUUGUCGUAGGAGCUGGCUUUGCAGGCCUCUGCAUGUCGGGCCGUUUGAAAGCACUUCACGUACGAUAUCUUACACUGGAGAGGAACGCGAGAGUUGGUGACAAUUGGAUGAAGCGAUACGAUUCGCUAAAGUUCCAUACGGGCCGUGACUUGAGCAACUUUCCGAUGGACAGGAUAUUUACGGAAGACGACCCGUACCACCUGACUCGAGAAGACCUGGCCCGAGGCUAUGAGACUUUCGCGAACAGGCAUGAACUUAACAUAAGGACGAAGUCCACUCUCAAAGCUGCCUCGUAUAACAAGGAGCAGGAGUUCUGGACCCUCCAGGUAGUCCAAGACGAUGAAGAAGUGCUGGUCAAGACACGCCAUCUUGUCUUCGCAAUGGGUAGUGCAGGGACCACUCCUGUCAUGCCGCAGCUUAAAGGCAGGGAGCUGUUUAAGGGCACUGCAAUCCAUUCAGUAGAGUACAGCAACUCUGACGCUUUUGGAGGGAAAAAGGGGGUAGUUGUUGGAACGGCAAACUCUGGUCAUGAUGUUGCGGAUGAUAUGCUGAGGGCAGGCCUCAGUUCCGUAACCAUGAUACAGCGUGGCAAAACGCAAAUAUACCCAGCUGAAUACAACAGCGGUUGGAGUGAUCCCAUAUAUAACAAGCACGUACCUAUAGAGGUAGCGGAUCGAGCGGCGAUAGGUCUGCCAAAUUCCAUAAUCAGACAGAUGAAUAAGGGUGGCUACAAAAAGCUCUCUGCUCAGGAACCUGAAAGAUAUGCAGCUGUGGAGAAGGCAGGUUUUCGGAUUGAGAAAGAUGUCGACAUCUGGCCUUUGCUUUGCGGCAAGCAGGGCGGUCAUUACGUCGACGUUGGAACUUCCAAGAAGAUUGGAGAUGGGCUGAUCAAGAUCAAGAACGACGCCUCGUUGGUAGGCUUCACCGAGUCUGGCCUGCUGUUCGACGACGGAAGCACGCUCGAAGCAGAUUUCGUCGUGUUCUGCACAGGGUUUGCGAAUGACGCUCGAGACCUAGCCAUUGACAUUGUUGGUCCAGAAGUUGGCGAACUGCUUGACGACUACUAUUUCGUUGACGAUGAGGGUGAAAUACGUGGAGCAUGGAAGCCUCAAGGCCGUGAGUCACCCAUCACCCACUCUCCUUACAUCUCGCAUGAUCAUCCUGGUAUAUGGUAUACUGGUGGAGGUGUACCGUUCGCCCGAUUCUUCUCGAGGUUUCUGGCGCUUCAGAUCAAAGCGGACAUUAUGGGAACACCUUUGAAGCUUUACAGAAAGAAAGGCUCAGAGAUCACAGAGGGAAGAACACCUGCAUAUAGGUUUGCGUUGCCACAGAGGCGCACGGGGAGUUCAAAUUGCAUAUGA